GUCGGUUUUGCUCGAUGGAGGUCAUAAAGGUCAGAAUGUCCAAAGGACAGAACGCAUUGGCUGUCACACAUCAAACUUUGGCGGAGUUCCAUAGCCUGAUCAAAUCGGCCCGGUUCCACUUGGAAUCCUCAUCCGUCGUGCUGCAUCCACUGAUCCGGGCUCCCGUGCUGGGAGUGGCAGACACGGCGUACUGGACGGUGAUGUUAAUGGCAGGGCUCGUCGUCGUCGCCGUGUUCUGCCUGGUCUUGUUGUUCCUCGCCUUGGUACUCUUGGUUCCCUGCACAUUCGUCUUCAUCAAGGUGAUCAACUACGUUCCAUCCGAUGAACAAACUUACGAAGAUAAUGUGGUCGGCACAUCCAUCGCCCUGAGCAGCGUCGCCUUUCCCCUCCUCAUGUCUGCCAUUGCCAAUCUCGUCUACCUCAAGUACCCACAUUUGGAACAAUUGGAGUUUAUGGCCGGAUUUUACGACCCACUCCCUCUGACAUUGCAGAUGCUUGUGUCGUAUGGUCUCCUGGAGCUGGGCCUGGUGGCCCUCGUGCUCUUAACCUUCGACUUCUGCGUCGUGAUGUACUGGGGUGGCUUUGCGAUGACUUCGGUCCUGCAAUUCGGAAUUGAGGUGCUCUGGCAAAUGCCUUGGUAUCUCUUGGUGGCGGCUGCCGUCCCGCUCUCGUUCCUGGCCGUAGUCUUGUACCGCAAGUGCAAGCGGUUGUUCGAGCUCGAGGUUGUGGACGAAGAGCGUCCAGAGGAAUUCUGGUUUGGAUCGGAGGAGAAUGACACGCAAGCCCUGCAGCAUGAAGCCCGACUUGUCAAUUCGCCUGUGCCGAACUCUUAUCAUAAGUGGUACGAGAACUUCUGGGCUUCCACUCAUACACCUAGCCUCGGAGACCGCCUUUUGGGAAGACGGGAUCUCCAAGAUUAGAGCUCCGGUUGGCUGCAAAAUUGAUGUAUACUCUAUUUGUUGUUGGAUUGAAAAGGCAAUCCACUUUAGGAAAUCAGCUCCCAUUUGGUGACUCGAUCAGUUGAAGUGAUGCGGCUGAGGAGACUCUGAAAUGUAAAUAGGCUCGUAAAAGUACUCGAGAAAAGAAAGAAAAGAGAUAAGAAUCUACUGGGAGCAAUAAAUCCCGUUGGUAGUGAUAAAGGUGCCAUGAGACCAGAUUGGAACCUUCCUUUAAGACUAGCAUUCUUCAGGAUGCUCAUGAUUGAUGAAUGAUCGUUUUGGCUCUCUUCUACUCCUCCACUUCUCAUUUAUGCGUAAUGUCAGGCUCCCAAGCUUCUGGUGACUGAUAUUCAAUGGCAGUACACUUCUGUAUUACUCUUUCUCC